AUGGAUGUCAAGGCGGCCCCCAACGGGGUGGCCACCAUCGAGGACCGCAUCCUGCGGAUCACCGGCUACUAUGGCUAUUACCCGGGUUACUCCAGUCAGAAAAGUACCUCCAGAUCAUCAGUUACUCGAUGUAAACCUGGAGCCAACUGCCCCAGUUCACAUAGUAGCAUCAGCAGACAACUGUCCCCUCUCUCUGUCACAGAAGAUUCCUCUGCUCCUAUUCUUGAACUUCAGAGUCGAGGAUCCUCUGGAGUUUGUGGACACAGAGCUGAGAGGCAAAACAGAUCAGGGGAUGAUGGAGCACAGACUCAUCCUGAGAACAGCAGCCAAGAAAACAGAAUCAAGGCUCGCUGCCUAUCCUGCAUGUCCAUGGUUCUGAAGGCUGUCUGGGGACUUUUGAUCAUCUUGUCAGUGUCAUCAUCUUGGGUUGGAACCACACAGAUUGUAAAAAUUACUUAUAAGAACUUCUACUGUCCAUUUUUCAUGACUUGGUUUUCAACAAACUGGAACAUUAUGUUUUUCCCAGUCUAUUAUUCUGGUCAUCUGGCCACUGCUCAAGAAAAACAAUCUCCAAUGAAAAAAUUCAGGGAAUGCAGUCGAAUUUUUGGUGAAGAUGGUCUGACCUUGAAGCUCUUUCUUAAAAGAACUGCUCCCUUUUCUAUUCUAUGGACUUUGACUAAUUACCUGUAUUUACUGGCUUUAAAGAAGCUGACGGCCACGGACGUCUCUGCUCUGUUCUGUUGUAACAAAGCCUUUGUCUUCUUGCUGUCAUGGAUCGUGCUGAAAGACAGGUUCAUGGGAGUGAGGAUAGUUGCCGCAAUAAUGGCAAUCACUGGCAUCGUGAUGAUGGCAUAUGCAGAUAACUUCCACGCUGAUUCCAUCAUAGGAGUGGCAUUUGCUGUGGGCUCAGCCUCAACAUCUGCACUGUAUAAGGUUUUGUUUAAGAUGUUUCUUGGAAGUGCUAACUUUGGUGAGGCAGCACACUUUGUCUCCACGUUGGGUUUCUUCAAUUUAAUCUUCAUCUCCUUCACCCCAGUCAUCCUGUAUUUCACCAAGGUGGAGCACUGGUCCUCGUUUGCAGCUCUGCCGUGGGGCUGUCUCUGCGGGAUGGCAGGGCUCUGGCUGGCCUUCAACAUCCUGGUGAAUGUUGGUGUGGUGCUGACGUACCCAAUCCUCAUCUCGAUCGGGACAGUGCUCAGCGUUCCUGGAAAUGCAGCUGUGGAUCUCCUGAAGCAGGAGGUAAUAUUCAAUGUCGUCCGCCUGGCUGCUACCAUCAUCAUCUGCAUUGGGUUUCUGCUGAUGCUCUUGCCUGAGGAGUGGGACGAAAUUACCCUGAGAUUCAUCAACAGCCUAAAGGAAAAGAAGAGCGAGGAGCAUGUGGAUGACAUCACCGAUUCCAGUGUCCACCUGAGAAGCAGAAGCAGGGCCAAUGGGACCGUGUCCAUACCACUGGCUUAA